CUGGCUGGCUGGGUGUCUCGUGCUGCUCGCGGCCGCGUUGUUGGCGGUGGCCGCGGCGGGUGAGGAAACUUCGGGCCGCCUUCUGUCGCCUCGCGGAGCGGCGACAAAAUCUUCAACCUCGCGCCGAUUGUUGUUAUUUUUUUUAUUUUUACCGCCCGUGCAGCGUUGCCGCCACAGGGACGCGUACGUUGCCGAGCGUCGCGUGUCGUUCGCUUCGUUGCCACGGUGGAUAUUGACAGUGGACUGCGGUCAAGAUGAGCGAGUUUCGCAUCCACCACGAUGUAAAUGAGCUGCUGAGCCUCCUGCGUGUGCGUGGAGGGGAUGGCGCCGAGGUCUACAUCGACCUACUGCUCAAGAACCGCACGCCCUACGUCACUACGUCUGUGUCCACGCACAGCGCCAAGGUUAAAAUAGCAGAAUUCACGUCUACCCCUCAAGAAUUUCUAAAGAGGUAUGAGGAGCUGAAAUCACGCAAUGUCAGACAUUUGGACCCGUUGGUGUACCUGCUGUCAAAGCUCACUGAAGACAAAGAGACGCUGCAGUACCUGCAGCAGAACCAAGCUGAAAAGGCAGCUGCAGAGGCAGCUUCCAACGUGACGACCACCACCACCGUGACACUGCCAACGACCACCAGCAAGAUGUCCUUGCAAGAGCUGGAGGAGCUGCGCAAACAGCUGGGCAGCAUCACGUCCAGCAGCAGCUCACAGCAGCUGGUGUCCUUAGAGACGGUGCGAAAGUUGCUGAGAGAGAAGCAUAACAAACGCAACCCCGGCCAGCCGAUCCCUCAAUUCCCUUCAUGGGUAUAUGACCGCCCUGCCCUCACAGAGGACUUCAUGCCUGGCCCUGGGGCCCCGCCUGAUCCCGCUGUACCUGUUGGAACGCUGCCCCUUUCCAUCCAAGAGCAGGUGAUAGUAGAGGACCUGCUGUGGCUGCUGAUCGGCAUAGAUGGCAAGUACGUGACGUCGCGGCCGCUGGCUGACCGUUUGACCACACGCACUUUCUCCAUCGACCCAAGCCUGGAUGUGUCUGUGCGCGAGCUGCUCAACCGAAUUCUGCCCAUGGCCGCUGACUACUCUGCCAUCAUGCGGUUCAUAGAGGAGAAGGAGUCUUUUGAGUAUGGGCAGGUAAACCAUGCGCUGUGCGCUGCCAUGCGUGUACUGCUCAAGGAGUACCUCAUCCUCGUUACGCAGCUCGAGCAUCUGCACAGACAGGGCGUGUUGUCGCUGCAAAAGCUGUGGUUCUACAUCCAACCCACCAUGAGGACCAUGGAGAUUCUCGCCUCCAUAGCACUGGCUGUGGACAAGGGCGAGUGCAUGGGUGGUGCAACUGUGAGCCUGCUGCAUGAACGCACUUGCAACUACACUGGCGAUGCACAGGCACAGGAGCUGGGUCUCUACCUCACCAAGGCUGCCAGUGUGCCUUAUUUUGAGAUCUUGGAGAAGUGGAUAUAUCAAGGAGUCAUUCAGGACCCUUACAGUGAAUUCAUGGUAGAGGAGCACGAGUUGCAAAAGGAGCGCAUCCAGGAGGACUACAAUGACAAGUACUGGGACCAGCGCUAUACAGUGGUGCAGCAUCGUAUACCUGCCUUCCUGCAGAAGCUCACUGACAAGAUCCUCAGCACAGGAAAGUACCUGAAUGUGGUACGGGAGUGUGACCGGGAGGUGACUUGCCCAGACGCCCAUGAGAUGGUUUACAGUCUGAAGGAGCGAGCCAAUGCGGAGCACAUUGAGAAGGCCUACAGCUAUGCCAGUAAGGUGCUGCUUGACUUUCUGAUGGAAGAGAAGGAGCUGCUUACACGGCUCAGGUGGAUAAAGCAAUACUUCCUCCUGGCCCAGGGCGAUUUCUUUGUGCACCUGAUGGAGCUGACAGAAGAGGAACUGAAGCGACCCGUAGAUGACAUCAUUCCCACGCGACUAGAGGCACUGUUGGAGCUAGCGCUGCGCAUGAGCACAGCUAACACGGAUCCCUAUAAAGAUGACCUUAAGAUCGAGCUGAUGCCGCACGACCUCAUCACGCAGCUGCUACGUGUGUUGGCUAUUGAGACGCAGCAGGAGAAAGCGCUCAUCGCUGUCGAUCCCACAGAGAUCUCACUCAGUGGGCUGGAGGCAUUUUCUUUCGACUACACUGUCAAGUGGCCGCUCUCGCUCAUCAUUAACAGAAAAGCCUUGACAAGGUAUCAGAUGCUCUUCCGACACCUUUUCUACUGCAAGCAUGUGGAGCGGCAACUGUGCAACGUGUGGAUCAGUAGCAAAUCGGCCAAGCAGCACUCCCUGAGCUCCGCAAAGUGGUCUGCACCUGCCUUCACUCUUCGUCAGCGUAUGCUCAACUUUGUUCAAAAUUUCCAGUACUACAUGAUGUUUGAGGUCUUAGAGCCCAACUGGCACUUAAUGGAAACCAAACUGAAAUCGGCAUCCAACAUCGAUGAUGUUCUGUUCAACCACACCAACUUCCUGGACAACUGCCUCAAGGACUGCAUGCUAACAAACCCUGAACUACUCAAGAUCCUAUCCAAGCUCAUGUCCGUCUGUGUCAUGUUCACCAACUGCAUGCAGCGCUUCACGCACAGCAUGACGCUGGAAGCAGAGAUGGAACGCAUCUCUCUUGAGCAUGGCACCAUGAAGGGACCUCCCACACAGAGUGAGCGUGAUCAGGAGGCUGAGAAGAAAAGACUCACUUCCAAGUACCUUGCCGAGCAUGCAGAUGCCAUGCAGAAAAGUGAGGGCUUUGAGGCAGCCAUUGCCAAGUUCGAUUCAAACUUCUCAUCACACCUGCUUGACCUGCUCGAUAAGAUUAGCGUGCACAGCACCAACGACUGCGAACACAGCAUGAUCAACAUCAUAUACAGGUUGGACUUCAAUGGGUUUUACGCAGAACGGCUGGCGCGCCUGUCCAUGGGCCGUAACCAAACGGAACGUGGUGCUACCCCAGCUCUUCACACUGUGGGAUAAACAUAU